AUGAUUCAAGGAGCUUAGACCGACUUCAUCCAUAUCUUAAAGAAAUAUAAAAAAAGUAAAAGGUACUCUCAAUUAUAAGAAUUGCAUAUUCAAUGUAUCGUUGAUGAAUUGAAAGGAGAAAUCAAAGAGGAGAAUUUUAACAAAUUUUUUGACAUCUUGCAAAGUUCAUUAAGCACUAUAGGGUCUUUUAAGUUUUUAGUACUUUGUCACAAACUGAUCUAUUAACUCUAGUAAGAAUUCGCUAGCAGAUUUAUUCAAAAUAAGCUAAUUCCUGGAGAUGACACAGAUAAGUCCAGGUUGGCUAUUUACUAUUAUAAUUUCUUAUUCAAAUUAUGCGAAAACUUUGAUUACUACAAAGAAGUCAUAGAGUUUAUUGAAACUGAUAAUAUUGUCAAGUUCUUGAAAUACGAAUUAAUUGUUCAAAUCCAAAUAUUAUAUCCCUUGGCCUAGAUGCUGUAGGAAUUGUCUUAAGUUGUAAAAUUAUUAGAUUACUUGCUUUGCAGAGAAUCACCACUCCUUCUCCAAUUGGGGACUUGCAUUUUGAAAGACUUUUGCGUCAUUUACAAUUUCUUAUCCACAGCUAUGCAGGAAUUGCAAAUAUUUAUUUUGAAGGUUCCUGUUAAAGAAGCAAAAGUGCUAUAUCAAGUAUAUCAAAUCACAAUUCAAAUGACCAAAUGCAUGAAGAGACUGUAAUAGCUUAAACUCUACUCUAACUUUAAAUAACCGCAUUACUUCAUUAUCACUAUUGAAUUGAACAAGAAAAUCGAACUCCACAUGUUAAACUCCAUAAAACUCUCUAACAUUGAAAUUAGUAUAUGA